UUGGUGUUAGUAUUAGGAGACCUUCACAUUCCACACCGGUGCAGCGGUCUACCGGUGAAGUUCAAGCAGCUGCUGGUUCCAGGAAAGAUUCAGCACAUCUUGUGUACAGGAAACCUCUGCACCAAGGAGAGCUAUGACUACCUCAGUACUCUGGCUGGGGACAUCCACGUUGUUAGAGGGGACUCUGAGAGCCUGAAUUAUCCUGAAGAGAAAGUUGUAACCCUCGGGCAGUUCAGAAUCGGGCUAAUUCAUGGCCAUCAAGUUAUUCCCUGGGGUGAUGUGGCCAGCCUGGCACUGCUGCAGAGGCAGCUUGAUGUGGACAUUCUCAUCUCAGGACACACACACAGAUUUGAAGCAUUUGAACAUGAAAACAAAUUCUACAUCAACCCAGGAUCAGCUACAGGAGCCUACAGUGCUUUAGAAACGAGCAUCGUGCCUUCUUUUGUACUGAUGGAUAUCCAGGCUUCCACGGCUGUGACUUAUGUAUACCAACUAAUUGAGGAUGAGGUGAAAGUAGAAAGAAUUGAGUUCAAGAAGUACUGAAUCGUGUUCAAGCCUGCUUGUUGGCUUCUCGCCGCCUCUCAU